AGAGAAGUAUGUGCUACACUCUUUUUUUUUUUUCAGAGGAGGAACUUAUUCCUCCUCUGAAAACCCUGGCUCCUUUUACUACGUGGUGGAGAUUAAACACUACAAUGAGCUCUUGACAUGCUUAUUUCUGCAGCUAUCACUUAGCGGGCAGAGUCAAUAAGACACCCAAGCAUCUCUCGGAUGCUUAUUUCCUAGAUGUGCUUUCAUUUUACCUCACUACAUUCUUUGCAUGUGCAUGCCCGUUUAACUUUUGAGAAUUUCAUAUCUGAGUACUGUAUUUACAUCACCCUCAGGAGUGACUUCCACCUUUGCACUUUCUUCAUGAUGUCAUUAUCUGUUAUAUUUGGAAAUUAUUUAGGCAUUUCUUCAGUGCUCCUACUCAUAUCCUGAACCAUAUACUUGCAAGGAACAGAUUGUUGGGUAAGGUCUGAUAUUCAAUAAGAAUGUUUUUUUUUCUGUAGUUUUACUAUGGAUACUGAAAAUGUCUCUUUAUCUCUUGUUUUCUCUAUUUGAGUUGGCUAAUUCUUCAAAUACUUAGGGAAAGUGAGGUGGAAACAUCUGAGUUUUCGUAGAAAAUAUUCCCCCCCCCCCCAAUAACUUGCUAGCUUGGGGACCCAAUGAAUAAGGUGGAGACAAAAAAUGAAGAAUAAACAGAUAGGAAGUUUGCAUCAAUUUACGUUUCCUGCAGUCUUCUUACGUGAAUAUUGGCUAGUGAGUUACCUUAAUAACUUCUUCUUCUUCAGCACAGGCACUCUGUAGAAACUCCACUGACAAAAAUCUCACUUGGUCAUGAUGUUUAUAAUGCCAUGGGAUUCUGUCUUGCAGCAUUGAUAAUUUCAAGCACCUGGAUACUAGAGCUUCCACAUAAAACCAUGGCUGAGCCCGGUGAUGACUCUCUGAGGAUCGUUCUGGUAGGGAAAACAGGAAGUGGAAAGAGCGCCACAGCAAACACCAUCCUCGGGCAAAAGAAGUUUGAUUCUAGAAUCUCAUCCCAUGCUGUCACCAAGAAAUGUCAGAAAGCAUUCUGCAGGUGGAAUGAGAGAGACCUCCUGGUUGUUGACACCCCAGGGCUUUUCGACACCAAGGAAAAACUGGAAACCACCUGCAUUGAAAUCAGCCGGUGUGUCCUUCAGUCCUGCCCUGGUCCUCACGCCAUCAUUCUGGUUCUGCAACUGAACCGCUUCACGCUGGAAGAGCAAGAAACUGUUAUUAGGAUCAAGGCUAUCUUUGGGGAGGCAGUCAUGAAGUACAUGAUUGUCUUGUUCACCCGCAAAGACAAUCUGGAGGACCAGAGCUUAAACGACUUCAUUGCCGACUCACAUACAAACCUAAAAAGCAUCAUCAAGGAGUGUGACCACCGCUGCCUGGCCAUCGAUAACAAAGCAGAGAGGGCCGAGAAGGAAAUGCAGGUGCAGGAGCUGAUGGGGCUUAUAGAAACCCUGGUACAGAACAAUGGCGGGCUCUACUUCUCCGAUCCCAUAUACAAGAACGCAGAGCAAAGGCUGAAGAACCAAGUGGAGAUUCUGAGGAAAAUUUACACUAAUCAACCAGAGAAGGAGAUUAGAAUAGUGGAGAAGGACUAUGCCCUCGGGAAACUUAGUCCUCAGGAAAGAGAGGAAAGAAUAAAAUCUAUUAGGGAAAAUUAUGACCUGAAGAUAAGAAACCUACGUGAAGAAGCAGAGAUUAGCAUAUUCAGCCAGAUUGUUGAAGAAGUUAAGAAAAUUCUUUCGAAAAUAUGGCAUUUUUUUCAUAAGUAGUCUGUACUUUUAAAAUUUAUUCUGAGCAUUUUUCCAUCUCACUCCCUACCACCCUCCCUGCUGGCCCUUUCCUACAGCCACUGGCAGAUUUAAGAGAUAGCAGAACCAGGAAUCCAGUGUACCAGAGUCAGGAGUCGGUGUCCAGCUCCAAGGCUGGGUCAUACUCAAUGCUCAGCUCCCUAUCCUAGCUUGUCCUGGCUUUCCCACUAUGAUGGACUGAAAUGCCUCUGUAACCUUGAGCCCCAAUAAACACUGCUUCCCUUAA